AGGCGCGCUCCCGCUGCCGUCCCGCGGGGCCGCGCCUGCAAGAUGGCGGCGGGAGUGAGCCGCUGUGAGCCGUGAUCCCGCGGCCAUGCCGUCACAUUCCCCCAAGCACAGGAGCCGGGAGCGGGAGGCCCGCCGGCUGGAGUCGCUGCUGCAGAGCCGGGGACCAGGGCCGGGGUUGCUGUUGCUGCAGCGGGCGGGCAGCGAGGGGACGGGGUCGGGGACCGGGCAGCCGCCGCCAUCGCCCAGGCACCGGGAGGCGGCGCCGGGUCUGCGCCGGGACUCGGCCUCUGAGGACGGCCGCAUGAAGCUCAACCCGUCGCUGCUCGGCAUCGCCCUGCGCUCCCUGCUCGCCGUCGACCUGUGGCUGUCCAAGCGCCUGGGCGUGUGCGCCACCGACGACUCUCCCUGGGGCAGCGCCAGGCCCAUCAUGAAGCUGAUCGAGGUGUCGGGCCACGGCAUCCCCUGGCUGGCCGGCACCGUCUACUGCCUCGUCAAAAGCGACAGCCCCGCCGGCCAGGAGGUGUUGCUCAACCUGCUGCUCGCGUUAAUCUUAGACCUGGUCCUGGUUGGCGUUGUCAAGUCGUUGGUCCGCAGGCGUCGCCCCACACAUAACAAGAUGGACAUGUUUGCUACAUUUUCUGUGGACAGAUACUCCUUCCCAUCGGGACACGCAACCAGAGCAGCAAUGGGUGGCCGAUUCUUCCUCAAUCACUUGGUCUUAGCUGUUCCGCUCCGCAUUUUGGUUGUGCUGUGGGUGUGUAUUGUGGGACUCUCGAGGGUGAUGCUAGGAAGGCACAAUGUGACAGAUGUGCUUUGUGGAUUUAUCAUGGGCUAUCUACAGUUUAGCCUGGUGGAAUAUAUGUGGUUGUCAUCUAAUAACCUGCAGACCUUCCUGAGAUUAUGCGGACUCAAAUAAUUAAACUGUAGUGCAAAAUUGUUUUAUUUUUAAUAUAGCCAACUUGCAACGGUACUGUUUACCCAAUAUGAUGUGCAGUGAGGUGUGGUUACUUAAAUUGCAGACUUGGUGACCUUUUAUUUAGGAAAACAUCGUGCUUUUGUCAACCUUGGUUACUGUACCAAAUUGGCUAAACAAUUUCUGUUAAGAUUAUGAUUUUAAUUUUCACUUUUCUUAUACUGUUUGGCUAUGAGAACACAGGUUAAAGUUAAUGUUUCUAAUCUUCAUCCAAAGGCUGAUUUAUCACCAUGUUAUUCAUGAUUUUGGUCAGAUACCCUUUCCAAGCUUUUGCUCAGAAUUAAUAUUCCUAAUUAAUAAUAUUACUUCCAGACCAGUGUUGUAUUACACAUACUAAUGUUCCAGAUUAUAAAUGUAAAGUAGUGAUACAUGUCAGGUUUAUUUUCUCAGAUUUCCAUUCCCCCUGAAGACAACAUGAGUGAUCUGUGUUGAAUUAGUCUCAAUCCCAUUGCAUGAACCUCUGUCCACCUAUUUCAUCUAAAUUUUAGCCAGAUCCCAGACGCAAAAGCAUGGUACGUGGUUUUCUCUGAUUUUUGUACUUUUGUUUAGUGCUGACCAGAAACCCAUGUCAAACAUAAUUGGCAGAUUUGUUUUCUCCCCCGUGUUCAGAAGUAACAGAAAGGUAAAAGCCAAUAGCAUGCAAACCCUUAACUACCUUUCUCAAUUAAAUCUUUUUCCAUUGGUACCUGCAAUUCCUUUUUGGAUGAAGUGUGUGAAAAAUAUUGUUUUUUCAAUUAACAUUUAACAAAAUGGAAACAAUUCUGUUGUGAUGGAGUCCAUCGGAGAUCUGAACCAACUUUAAGGCUUUUCCUUAGGACAUUGUAGCUGUCUUGAUCAUAAUGUUACUGUGCGGAUUUUUUUAUCUGGUGCCCUCUGUAUGUAUCUUCUGAAUGGCAACCCAAAAAGGUAAAAUAUCUCCCCAUCUGA